CCUUUCUUCACUUUACUCCACCCCCAACUCGCUCAUCAUCAGCCUCUGUCACCUACCGCCGUCCUCUCACACCCACAUGUCAAGCGACGAGAUCUUCUCUGUGGAAGCAAUACUUGCAAAGUCGCUAGAUCGCGCCCGUGGUCCUCACGGCACACUGGAAUCUCACUACCUGGUGAGGUGGGAGGGCUACGGCCCCAGUGAAGACACAUGGGAACCGCGCUCCAGCCUCUUGGUGGGGGCAUCCGAGUCUGUACUAGAGUUUGACCGGAUCACAACGCCCUUCACUCUCCUCGACAUGAGGGAACGUCGUCAAGAACCAGAAUACCUCGUUCGCUAUGGAGUUGCCACCAACGAUAUCGCCCCCUCGCCUUUGUAUCAGAAGAUGUGGCAAACAGAGCGUGACCUCAAGAGGUCGCAAUCCAAACGCGCCGUCACCGAGGCUAUUCGAGAGCUUCGCGAAGCCAAAGGCCUCCCAACCACGCCUACUCGCCUUCCUCCAAGCAAACAGACAUUGGCUAAAUCGAUUUCAGACCCUCCCACCAAAGCCGACUUGCGAGGUGCCGUUAUUACUGGAGCCCGGAGCUCAACUACCGGCAGGGGAACCCGCGUCUACGAGUACCUCGUGGGCUGGGGCAUUAGCAGCCGGAAGCAACCUCAAUGGCUCCCCUACGGAUACCUCAAGCCCGUCUUCGGCGACAGGGUGGGUCGCGCCAUUCACGACUUUCGCCGGCGUGAGGCUCAGUUGCAAUCAACUCCUCCGCCUGCAGAGCCGUUGAGUGAAUACGAGCUGCAGCGUCAACGCAACAUUGCCGAGAACAGUUCCCUCAUGCGCGAGCUGGGGCUGGAUGCGGGCAGUGGGUAA